AUGGCAGAUAUUGAACUACAGGCUCAAAUAAGAAACCUGCAAGAAACGAUUAAAGAACUCAGAAUCGCUAGACAAGAUGAGCGACCAUUAAGUAUGAACCAGGCGUUACCACAAUACGACGGGUCAGCACCAUUUCAAGUGUUUUGGAACAAAUUUCAAGCAAUAUCUCGCAUUAACAGCUGGGAUGAAGAUAGACAGCUACUGCAUCUACCAGCUUGUUUGGAGGGGAGUGCGGCCAACUUUGCAUUUCUUGAACUCACUCAAGUUGACCGAGCAACGCUUGAAACGUUUGUCGCAGCACUGAGCGCUAGAUUUGACACCAGGGUGGGCACCGCUACACAUCUGACCCAGUUAGAAAAUAGAAAGAUGUCAGCAAGGGAGACAACCGCUGAAUAUACGUCCGAUGUGAAACGACUGACGGCCAUGGCUUUCCCGUCAGCUGACCAAGCAACUAAAGCAACAGUUGCACUGCGCUAUUUUCUCAAGGGGCUACAAGAUCCUCACCUCGCGGGUAUCAUUGCCGCCCAGCGCCCAGUUAGCACAGAUGAGGCCAGAAACAUUCUGGACGAAUACCUCAGUGCUAGAGACAGCACAACAAAAACAAAAAUGUGUUCGGUGCAGGAGCAGAGCCAGAUAGAUAGCCUACAGCAGGAGGUGAAAAGACUACAAGAGAUGGUAAUAAGUAAUCAACGUAGGCCCAGCGACUCGGGAUGCUACACUUGUGGGGGCAGACAUUUGGCUAGGAAUUGCCCAAGAAAUAGUAGAUUUCAAGAAAUAAACCAACGUCGGUCAACUAAUAGAAACAAUUAUCAAGCCCGGCCGACCCAAGCUACAGCCAGAAUAAAUGAAAUCCGACAGAAUGAUACAGAUAACAAUGAUGAAAAUCUUUUAGGCCUUAACUUUCUGAAAGUAAAAGCCGCGGCAAGCAACAAGCAAGUGGACGUGCCAACAGAGAUUUCAAUCCGUAGUGUUGCCCCCGGGUGUUCAGUAGUGGUGACUGUAACGGUAGCAAGACACAAUAUGAUGUUUCUGGUAGACACGGGCGCUGCUGUCACUGUCAUGUCCACAAGAGCCUUCAACAAGUUACCACAAGCCAGUAGAAACAAACUUCAACCCAUGGACAAGAAGGUCACAAUGCAAUCUGCAGGGGGUGACAAAAUAAACUGUCUAGGCACAUGUACAGUAGAUAUGAGAGCUGGCAAUGUUGUCACAAGGUGGACAACAGUCAUAGCUGACAUUGAGGAAGAUGGUUUCUUGGGGAUGGACUUCCUAAUGAAACAUGAGUUUCAAUUUUCGGCUAAAAAGGGCUUAUACCUCAAUGGUAGAAGAGUCCCAACACAGACCAGAGGCAGAGAAAAGAUGUUCAAAGUAGAAGACCAAAAAUGGCGGUCCAACUUCUACAACUUUAAUGACGCAGUUCCAAGAAGCACACAAAAUACACAUAGAGUGGCACCAGUUGCCGCAAUAUUGAAAGCUUCUAUUACAGACCAGAAACAUGAUCGAUUCUAUCUGCGGAAGAGUCUACAGUUCUCCCAGCAGGAAAUUCAGAAGGCUCAAAAGGAUGAUAAUAUUUUGAAGAAGUGUAUUACCUGGGUGCAGAACGAACAGAGACCUGAACAGAGGGAGUUAACCGCAGAAGGCCGGGAACUCCGCUAUUACUGGCUGAAUUUUAACAGACUGACACUUGCAGAUGGCAUAUUAUGCUGGAAGUGGGUGACAAAAGAACGGAAGACAGAACUAAAGGUGAUAGUGCCACAUCUCCUAAUGUCUAAGGUUCUAGACAAGUGUCACAAUAACAAGGGCGCCAGACAUGUUGACAUUCAAAACACAUUAGCCAAGGUACAAGAAUAUUAUUUUUGGUUUAGAAUGAAACAUGAGGUCACCAACUGGGUGAACUGUUGCGAGAGAUGUCAAGUUAGGCAACAACCUGUCGAGAAGACAGGAUGCCUACACGAGAGGAACAAAAGAGACUACGACCUCAACAUUGUCUCCAAUGACUACAAUGUUGGAGAUGUAGUGUUGUGUCUGGAGGAGGCGAGGAAAGUAGGCGUGAGUAGGAAGCUUGCUCCCAGACACUGGAAAGGUCCAUACGUCAUCAUAAGGAAACUGAGUGACCUUCUCUUUGAGAUAGAGAACAAGGACAAAAAGACAAAAGUCGUGCACCACGACAAACUAAAACCAUUUCACCAAAGGGAACCAACGAAAUGGAUCGUUGACUUACAACUCAAACUUCAUCACGAUGGUGGUUCACCUCAACUGUCGGAAUACUCAACGGACGAUGAGACAGGCGACAAAGGUCAAGACACAGAGAGUCAGCUGUCGGAGAGAGGAAAUGAUCACGGGGCUGAUGAAACAAGCCCAAAACUAACUGUUACUACACACAACGACGCAAGGGAAAAUACAAGACCCCGACGAGAAAUCAAACGAUUGUUCUGGAUUAUUAGGAUACCGUGUAAAUUCUUAAAAUAG